CUUACUCAUAUAUAUUUCAGUUUCUUGCGUUAGGUCGCAGCCUCCUGCCACCUUCCAGAGAUGUCAAAAUCUCCUCCUCCUCUUGAAGCAUUUUUCAUCGCCCUUCAAGUCGAGAUACUUCUCUAUGGAAUGUAUACAUGUCUAUUUGCGAGCUCUCUCUACCUUUUGAUAUUCAAAAGGCAGAAGACCAAGGUGGUGAAAAUCAUGAUAGCCUUGAACACCAUCAUGUGGAGCUUGGCAACAUCGCACUUGGCGGUUAGCUUUAGUCAAAACUACCAGGCGAUCUUCCGGGAACAUGGCGUAGAAGAUCCAACCGCGUUCGAGGACAGUGCCUCUCCUUGGAUCUGCACGCAGCUGUCUCUAGAAAACAUGAAUUUUGUCCUCGGAGAUGGUGUUGUGAUUUGGAGGGCAUGGGUCUUGUGGAAUCGUAAACGAUGGAUCCUCUUCGCGUCUGUAAUAUUCCUUCUGGUAACACUUGGAGCCGGUAUCGGAGUAACCUUCGCCUUUGCCACUGCUCCAAAGUCAGUCAGCGUAUUUGAGAAUCCCAGUUUACAUAUCUGGGAGCUCAUGUUCAUCCUGUCGACAAUGGCAACGAACGUUUGGGCGACAUCCCUUAUUGCUUAUCGCGCAUGGUCCCAUAACAAAGUUAUCCGUACCAUAACCGGUGAGGCUAUCAUGGCCCGCUUUCGUCGGCAGAACGGUAUCCUCGCGCUCUUGAUUGAAUCAGGUAUUUUUUAUUCCUGCACCUGGUUAAUUGCGAUCAUCGUUACUCUUUGUGGGAACAAGGGGGCAUAUAUCGUGAUAUAUAUGCUCUCCCAACUAACUGCUAUCUAUCCUACACUCAUCAUAGCUCUUGUUGGCUUAAGAUCAACACUUGACGUUGCCAUCGAGACUUUUCAGGACACGCAGUAUGGACAGAGAGGUGCAGGGACAGAUUAUCAUAUAGGUACCGUUCCCGUGAAGAUUGAAAUCCAGCAAACGACAUAUACCUCGCAUCACGAAGAUCUCGAAACAGGCGUUUUGGUGAUUGAUGCGAAGUCUAAUGAUCUGAUUCCCAGGCCUUGAACUGAAUGAUGAUGAACACACGGAUACAUGAGAAUGUAAUAAUAGAAAGUAUUUAUUUUAGAUGUCUCUACGAUACCUAUACGAUAAAAGACCUCCCAGCGAGUAUAUUAC